GAUUAGAAACACAUUAUAGCAAAGUAUAUAUCAAAUUUUUGAUAAAAAAAUAUCCAACAAAUGGGCGCCAGUGCAUCCAAAAAGAAGAAGAAAGCCAAUAAACCUGCUUCGGGCGUUGGUGGCGGUGGCGGUAAAUCUAAAGCACAAAGCAAAAGUACUGGAGCGGGAGGAAAACAUCGCAGUGGUGGAGGAGGUGGUUACGUUGACGCUGAAAUUGACAAUGAUCAUGAAAUCGAUAGUGGCCAAUCUGCAGGAGGAGGUGGAGGAGAAAGCGGUGGAGGCGACAGUGGAGGAGGCGGCGGCUGUGUAAGCAGCAGUGGCGGAGACAGUGGAGGCGGAGGUGGUGGUGGAGACAGUGGUGGAGGAGGAGGUGGUGGAGGAGGAGGUGGUGGAGGUUGCGGAGGAGGCUGUGGCGGGGGUGGUGGUGGCGGAGGCGGUGGUGGAGGAGGAGGAGGGUGUGGAGGAGGCGGUUGUGGUGGGGAUUAGCAUUUCUAAAUUUGUAUUAGCCACACUUUCGUGCAAUAGUUUAAUGUUAUUUGUAUUUUUAAUGUUUGAUACUAUGAAAAUAUAUUAUAAUCUAUUUCUAGCAUUAUGUCCUAAAGUUACGCAAUUGCUGAUAAUGAUUGAAAUGGUUUAGAUAGUGUACGCCCUACAGUACUAGCACCUAUUUAUUUUAUGAAAAAAAACGCCCAUUUAGGCUCUUUUAAUUUUCACCUUUUCUUUUCAAGCUUCCCUUAGAAUGUUUUCACCACGGCGAGCGACAUUUUGUUUUUCGUUUUUUUUCGCGUUUAUUUAUUCCCUAACCCCCUGACUGCAUAAAUGCG